AAUUUGUACCACCAUCGAUUUGAUUUGCGACAAUAUCAUUUUUUAGCGAUUUAGUUUAAAAGAAUUUCCCUUUCUCCCUCGUUUUCUCUGAAACAUGGCUGGAGGCAGGGGAAGGGGAGCCAGAACCAGCAGAGGAAAUGGGAGAGGAGGCUCUAUGAAGGGCGGGAGAGGUAUGCCACCGAUGGGAGGACGUGCACCUAUGGAUGCUCCCAAUAAAGCUCCACCUCCACUUUUACCUAGAGGACCAAUGCCUCGUGGAAUGAGAAUGCAAGGAAGAGGCGGUCCUCUUCGUCCCCCGCCGCCUCCGAUGAUGGCUAGAGGAAUGAUGAGGCCAAUGGGUCCAAGGCCAAUGCCAAAUCCGGUAUUUAGAGGACGAGGACGAGGUAUGCCACCUCCUAUGCCUCCUGCCAACUUUGGAUUUGAUCGAGAGCGAGAGCAUCCUUUGUAUAAUAGAGUCUUUGUUAUUAGUAAUCCUGGAUAUAUGGAGGAAGAUUAUAGAAACGCUUUUUCAAAGUAUGGUGAUAUUCAAUAUUAUAAACAAGUUGAUAAAGAAGGAAAAAAAACUUUUACCUAUAUAACAUAUAGAAGAGCCUCAGAGGCAGCUUUAGCUAUUGAAGAAAUGAAUGGUAAGCCAUUAAAUGAAGGCUCAACAAACCGCGUUAGAUGUUUAUUGGCAACUAGCAAGGAAACAAGAGAAAAUCAAGACAAAUACGAAGAAAAAGGAAAGAGAAUUUUAGUUUCCGUAGGUGUUGCAAAAACUGUUGAUGAGAUUAAAGCAGACUUUAAGGAAUACGGCGAAGUAGAACAUGUGAAGUUAUUGACACAUAGGGAUACUGGAAAAUCACGUGGCUCUGCUUUCGUUACCUUUAAGCGACCCUAUUGCGCUGCAAUGGCAUUAGAAAAUCUCUCGAAAAGCUAUCGACCUCAAUUUGCUGAAAAGAAGCCAAAAUUACCCCCAGAAAACAUGAUGCCACCCCCUUUCCCUCCUCAAAAUCCACCAUUUUCUCCAGCAUUCGCUUAUGAUGAUUGUCCCGAUAUGGCAGAGUACGAUAUAUUUGACCCAUCUUACUGCGGAGAUUACGGUCCAGAUUUUGAACCUCCUAUGGAUAAUAGUGGUGCAGAAUUUUACAAUGAAAACUUGCCAGAAACGGGUCCUAAUUUUGCACCGUCACCGUCCCUUAACUCUCAAAUAUCUCGUAUAGAUUCACAACCUAGAAUACCACAUCCAGCUGAUGUAAUUAGAAAUUUUCCUCACGAAGGAAAGAAUGUAUUAUAUGUAACAACGGCCAAUAAUGUUAACACUGACAACAUUGAACAUUUAUUUCGAAUAAUACCCGGUUUUGAAUCGUGUUCAUUUGAUUCUGAAUCAGGAGAAGGAACGAUAAGAUAUACAGAUUCGUCAUGUGCAGCAUACGCAAAAGAUAGAUUGGAUGGUUUCGAAUAUCCGAUUAAUUAUCAACUAACUGUAGACUUUUGCAAACCUGAAUCAAAAGAAACUAAGCAUACGGAACCUAAUUCGUCAGAAAUAUCUGAAGACGCAGAAAAGACAAACGAUGAAAACUGCAGAGAGAAUCAUGACGAAAAGAAAGAGGACACAAAAGAAAAAGAAGACGAAGAAGCAAGUAAUGAAGUUAAAGGAGAAGAUGAAAAAGAUAGUUUUGUGCGUGUUAGAUAUUGUACUUUUCCCGUUCCAGAUGUUAGAGACAUUGUAUCGCAGAUGGAAUGCAAAACUCGGUUAUUUAUUGUCUCAAAACCUUCAUCCUUCGACAAUAGUAUUAUGAAAAAUUUAUUUUGUAGAUAUGGUAAUUUAAUAGACGCUUAUUUCCUUCCUGGUAAAAAUUAUGGUUUUGCCAAAUAUGGAUGUAAUCAAAGUGCUGAGGAAGCUUUAUCGGCCAUAGACGGAAAAGAAGUUGCUGGGCAAUUAUUAAGAGUAGUGUUAGCUGAUAAUGAAGCUACAACUAUAAAACGAGAAGCAUCAGACACAAAUUCAGACGAACCACUAAAUAAAAAAUCCAAAUAA